CAGACUAAUCACUACGUUGGAUUGGAGAGUUUGAACCACAGAGUAGAAAGUUGAAAGAUAUACGAGAUGAAAGCGGGAAAGAGUUUCCGCAAAAGAAGUUUUGUCGAUGAAGAGGAAGAUGACGAGCAGGAUCGGAGAUCUGCUUUAGAGGAGGUGAAAUUUCUUCAGAAACAGAGGGAAAAGAAGCUAGGCAUUCCCGCCGUUCAGACGGCUGCGCAACCUGCUCCAGGCUGUGGCCCCGGCGCGACUAGCAAUGGAAUAGCUGGAGGGUUAGUCGCCAAGCCGGUUAACGAAAAGGGUGAAGGAGAUGGGGAGAAGGAUGACCUGGUGUUGCAGGAUACCUUCGCACAGGAAACUGCUGUCAUGGUUGAAGAUCCCAAUAUGCUGAGAUACAUUGAUCAAGAAUUAGCAAAGAAAAGGGGCGGGGAUAUUACUGCGACAAAUGAAGCUGACGGUGAAGUUAAACAUGCUGAGGAUGAACUCUACCAGAUCCCGGAGCAUCUUAAAGUGAGCACAGUUUUCUGUCUGUAUUCCCCAGGACAUUGUUUGCAAAGUUCUAUUAUGUUUUUUUUGAUCUAAUUGACAUAUCACCUUUACCAAUUCCCCAGCAUUUAUACUGUGUAUUUAUAGAGCAUGCAUCAUUCAGAGCAUUUCCAAUUAUCGUAUUCCAUAGUUCCUCUUUAGUAUUUUCACCUGUCACCUAGACAUGAAAUCACUCAUACUAUUGGGACGGACCAAAUGGCAAAAUGGGACAAACAGGGGAGUAUCUCAUUUUCCUUUUCCAUUUCCACCCUUUUCAUUUAUAUUUUCCAGGAUCCAAACAUUCUCUAAGUUCUCGCAGGUGUAUGUUUAUGUUUACUUUGUUGAUCUUUUCUUGUCGUAAGGUAAAGAGGCGGAAUUCAGAAGAAAGCUCUACACAGUGGACUACUGGGAUAGCCGAAAUUCAACUCCCCAUCGAGGCGGCUUUCGUUACAAAGCAAACGUAAGGUUGUAUCUUGGGAUGAGCGAGGGGUAGCACAGACAUAGUUAUCACGGCCCCAAGUCUUGACUACUUCUUGGGGUCGGAAGAAAGAGAGCCUUGGGGCCGGAUGAGAUAUAGUGCAGUUUUGGAAGACUAGGGGUUACAUUGGGGAGAUAGACGGUUUCACCAUAUUGGAGCGGCUUGGGAAGCUGUGGAAGCUUGCUUUGGUGGCUUGUGUGAUAAGAAGAUUUCAAGGUGUUUUGCCAUUUACAAAGUUCCAUGUUCAUCAAAUGUUGUGGUUGACGUGUUUCUAGACAAGACUGGAUAGGAUCCAAAAUGACAUUAUCCGAGGACGGAUGGGAGUGACACUUGUAGAGGAUAAGGUACAAGAGGUUGGAUUUAGAUGGUUUGGUCAUGUGAAGAUGCGUUGUGUAAAUGCCCUCGUAUGUGAGGCUUACGAUAUGGGUAAGUAUGGAGGAAGGGGUAGACUUAGGAAGAAUGGAAUGAGGUGAUUAGGAAAGACUUGUAUCUUGUGGCCCUUACAGAGGAAUUAACAUUAGAUAUGAGUGUCUCCACUUUUUGUUGGGUAGUGUGAAAUAAUAGGCCUUGGUCUAAUUCAACCCCAAAGGUCAACUUAAUGGGUUGAGGUAACUAAGCUAUUAUAAACACAACAAUAUAAACUUUUCAAAAUCGAUGUGCGAGUUGAACUCAACAUGCCCUCAUAGCAUGUGACUU